AUGAAGUUUGUCCCUUCCGCCGCUCCGUCCGUCCCCACGGCAACGGCCCCCGGCAACAUGGCGGCCGCCAGCAGCCCCAGCGUCUUCAUGGUGGCCGUCAACGGGCAGAUCGAGAGCGGGCAGUUCCCCGGGUUCGACGACCUCUACUGCAAGUUCUGCUUCGUCUACGGCCAGGACUGGGUUCCGGCGGCGGGCCUGGAGGAGGGCAUCUCCCAGAUCACCUCCAAGAGCGACGUCGCACCCACCACCUUCGUCUGGAACUUCCCCAUCGACAUCACCUUCAAGAGCACCAACCCGUCCGGCUGGCCGCAGAUUGUAGUGAGCGUCUAUGGACCUGAUUUCUUUGGAAAUGAUGUGGUCAGAGGUUAUGGAGCCGUUCACAUUCCCUUCACGCCAGGAAGGCAUAAAAGAACCAUUGCUAUGUUUGUUCCGGAGUCCACAUCCAAGCUGCAGAAGUUUACAAGUUGGUUCACGGGGAGACGUCCAGAAUUUACUGAUCCAAAAGUGGUAGCACGGGGAGAAGGAAGAGAAGUAACGAGGGUACGAUCUCAAGGCUUUGUCACCAUUUCCUUCAACGUCGUGACUAAAGAUAUGAAGAAGCUGGGCUAUGAUGUGAGCCCAAGCGACAUGCAGAACCCCUGCCUGGUGCCUGCUACAGAAAGGAUUCAUAAGUACUGAACUCAGAAGUGAGAUGGUCAAAGGUACACAGAGAAGUUAAGCACCGGGGAUUCGUUUUGGUUUUCUUUUUCCUUCAAAUGGAAAAUGAGCAUCUGACUCAAUUGAGAACAUUUUACCUGACCUUCAUUCUAAAAACAAAACACUAACCCAUAAGGCUUUGGAGUAAUUAUGUAGAAUAUUAUUCUUUCAGAAGAAUACAGGUUGAGAAAACAUAUAAAUUAACGCUGUCAGAUCUGUUUAGCACUGUAUGGGAACUGCUGAUCAGGUCUGAACCUCUGAUUGACCACCUGAGGCAAGCCAUGAGCUGCAGAGCACAGGUGAAGGCAAUUCUCCUGUGCUACCAGAAGGGGUGGAGCCUGGCUCCACCUCUCCUGGAUCCCAUUUAAGUGCUGACUGCCACUGAGGAAGGAUCUUUCUGGAGAUUGCUCCUCUUGCGAGCCUACAACAUCGGUGAGCAUUUUUCAUUUAUUGUCUUUCUACUGCGAUAAUCCUGCUUAGCCUCACCUCUGUGCACCCAUUGACUGGGCAAGCAUUUUUAUGCAUAAUAUUGGACUAUCUCAAAAGAAGACCUGCCAAGUCUUUUUGUAACAGCCUUUUUUACUAUCUUUUUGUAUUUCAAGAAUAGGAAGGUUUGUGGUUGUACUGAUUUUCCUUUGUUGAAAACAUCAGUGCAAUCCCAGUUGUUUUUACUAAUAAUUCUGUGGUAGAAGUGGGAAAUCAUUGAAAUUAGGAUGCUUUCCAAAGAAGAAGGCAGUAUGGAAAUGUUGCAGUGAGGCACACGCUUUUCUCUGUGCCAUGCACUUCUGUCUGCAAAAGCCACAGCAGGUAUCUUUGUAAUCCCAUGUAGUACUGAGCUGGUGCAACUAAAUAAAGUAAAAUAGUUGUGCACUAGAAACCAACCCUUCCACAUUGUUAGUGGGUUUUUGUACUUCAGAACAAGAUGAUGACUCUUUCAUUUCCAGGUUCUAUUUCUGCAUCAAGCUGCAGAAGGGGGGGAAAAAAAAAAGACAGCUUAUUUUACAAGUGUUAGAGAACGUGGUGUUAAAUAUAUGCCUGCUGCAUGCUUUUAACCUCUGAUAGAACAAACAGAAUCUCAUGUGCAGAUAUUGACUAAAAUGAUAAACCUUGGAGAAGGAUUUGAAAUGAAGUUGCAGUCUCAGCCAACCAAUCAUGUGCGCUGUAUUUAGCUCCAAGUCACACUGGUUACCAGAGGCACUGUGCUGUACAGGACAGUCAGGAGUAGCACAAAAGACCACAUUUGCUUAAGAUGGUCCCUUCAGGCCAGCAGAUCUUGGUGUUUCACACUAGCCAAGGUUCUAAGCUGCAUGCAACAUUUUUUAACAGCCUUCUGCCAAAAUAAUCAUUCAGGUGACACACUGUUGUGACAGUAUGGAUUCAAAGAAGAGAGAAUAGAGUGUGAGGAAGGUGUUUGUUUACACAGUUAAUGGUCGUGUUUGCUGUAACUAGGUUUUCUCACUGCAUAACCCAAAUGAAUGACCUAAACCAUGUUAUUUGUUACUGGUGGGUGUAGAAGAAAUGUCAGUCAGGGCCUGAAGCAGUGAUUGAGCACCUGGCGGGAAGGCAGGGCCAACCCAGGGGAGCUCAGGUGUGUGCAAUGCAAUGGAGCCAGGAUCCACCCCUUCUCACACCACAUUUAAGGGUUGGCAGUGGAAGCAAAGCUGUCUUGCUGGAGAUUGCAGCCUACCUUCCACUGGUAAGCAGCUUUUUUGUGGUUUCUGCAUCCUGUUCUGCUGUAUUUGUUUGUUCUCACUUGCUGAAGCCUAAGACUUUGCUACUUAGCUGUUACUGCUGUACUUUCCAUCACAUUAUAGCAUUACAGUGCGUGACAGGAGCUCUGAAACUAUUCUCAAAUGCCUUCAGUGUGAGGACACAAAGCUGCUCCUCAGUCUGAACAGCUUCUUUUCUGACAUCUUACCACAGCCUUUCACCGAAUCCUCCUAUGAGCUACUGUUAGUGCUCUUCCUGUGGGCUGAACAAACCCUACUGUCUACAUGUUUUUGUUUCUGUCUUUCAGCUGCCUAGGGUUUGUUUUUGUUUGUGCCAGCAUGGAUGUUUCUAAGUCCUGAAUCAUCCAAGGUAUCAAUUGUACCUAUAAGAACAGCACAGAAGUACAUGCUGUGGUAAAAUGACUAAUUGCCUAGUCAUCUUCAUAUUUACAUGUGGACAUGUAACCUCGUGUUUUGAGUGCAUGUAUCAGGAGGUAACUGUGAGAAGGGCUUACAGUGAUACCACCCUGUAAGUGAACUACCAGGACCUCGAAACUGUAGGAACAAAGAGCCUCCAGAACAAAAGCCAAGUAAAGCAGCCAAGUUAGAAGUGGUUAUUUCACACUGUGCUGUCACCAAAUAAAAAUAAUUUCUGAAAUGAUAACAUGAGCACUGGGAUUUUUUAUUGUGUUUGCAUCUUUUGUAAUAUCGAGAAGUACUUCUCCAAAUGGCCUUACAGAUCUCUUUCAUCUCUUUGUUUCUAUUCUGGCUUGUUUUUGUUGGUGGAUCCCUUUACUAGAAGUGUAGAACCAGUUGUUUUGGCAACUGUUGUGAUCUCUCAGCUGAGUCACACUGGAAUCAAUAUUAGUAAAUAUUUCCUGCUGGCUCAGAAGAGAUGUGAGGAAUUAUUGUUUCCUUUUUAGAAGUAUUUUGGAAGCAGUUAUCGACAGUAGCAGGAGAAAUAGCUGUGUGUGAAAGACCUGGAUCACACAGACAUUACCAGCUACCACUGCUUAAAUCUCUCUCUUCCCUGGAGCACAGUUACCUGCCCCAGGUCCAAUCAGAGCACAGCUGCACAACAGAGAUUCUGCUCAUGAAAAAAUACAGUUCAAAGCAGAUAAAAUGCAGACUCCACUCCCAGAAGGCUGCAGUGAGUUUACCUGCAUACAGCUUCACACUGUGCCACCAUCUGAAGUGAUACCUGGUUGAAAGGUCUUAAAACAUGUUCCGUGCAUGGAUGCUUUGCUGUAGGAUCUCUUCAGUCUGACAGUCUGCUCCUUAUGCAAUGGCACGUGUGGGGGUGAUGUUUUCAAUAACAGCUUCCUGAGUUCAAUGCCAUCUGUUUCUUCAGAAAGGUGACUGUUGAUCUAUCUAAUAAACAUGUUCUCCCAUAGACAGGCUUGCUGCUGCCUUUAUGAUUUUCCGGACAACUGUCUCGGUUUUAAGUCUCUGCUCCUCAGCCAUGGCAGAGGGUUUGCAGCUGUUUCACACUGGGGAGAUUCUCUGCUCUCAUGACAAAAGAACAGAGACACGAUGCUGUGGCUGACAUUAAUAAGGUAGGGAUUUAUGGUCUGUAAGUGUUCACUGCAGUUGCUGUUAAUAUAUGAAAGGUUAAAGAACCCAUUAUUUGAGAACAGCCAAAACCCAGGGAAAAAAAAAAAAAAGUUGUUAUAGUGGAGGCUUGAAGUAAUUUCCUUUGCUCCAUGCUCCAGGCAGCUGUUCCCACCCUCAUCAUUUACUACUUACUCAUUCUCCCUUCUCCAACCCUGGGCUGAAGUUCCCAGUGCUUGUAACACAGAUGGUGGUACAAAGCUGUCAGCUGGCACUGCAGCCUCUGCUUUG